UGUCUGUAUUCGUGCAAUCACGCAGUCGUUCAUUAAUUGAAUACCUAUUGUGUUCAAAGUGCUUGGGAGACAGCAGUGAAGCAAGGAAACAAAAAACUCUGAAAAACCUCAAGAAAAGGUCUGUUUUAAGUCCCAGCUCUGGCUCAGCCAGGGUGGUGCAGAAGGCUGCCCUGCAAAAUUGGAGGCCGUAUGGAAGAUCGGAUUCAAUUCCCAGGUGGACUUAUAGAUGCCACCAGGCGCGCGCACUGUGCAGUGAUCCUGGCUCUCUGAGAGGGCUUGAGGGAGAAUGGGUCACGAGACCCAGUUGAGGAUGCUUGUGUUCCUCUUUCUCUCAUGAAAAGAAGAAAGAAAUUUAAAAGAAAAUCCCAGUUUUCCUGCAGCCUACAGAGUGUCUGGCUAAUUGAUCUAUACUGAAUUGAGGAAUGAUAUGGUCCCAGUAGACUGAAAGGUUCCAGAAGGCAGGAAGCCCCGUGAAGCGUUCCGAACCUCGCAUCACUCCGGACUCAUCGUUCGGUGAAUGAACACACAGCUACACGGAUUGGUGUGCGUGGCAUUUGUGCCCAUCGUUGUCUUCUGUAAGCUGUCACCAUGACCCUGACGAAAGGCUCCUUCACCUACUCCAGUGGGGAGGAGUAUCGCGGCGAGUGGAAGGAGGGCCGCAGGCAUGGUUUUGGUCAACUGAUGUUCGCAGAUGGGGGCACCUACCUGGGUCAUUUUGAGAAUGGGCUCUUUAAUGGCUUUGGGGUCCUGACCUUCUCAGACGGCUCAAGGUACGAGGGGGAGUUUGCCCAGGGCAAGUUUAAUGGCGUCGGAGUCUUCAUUCGACACGACAACAUGACCUUUGAGGGGGAGUUUAAAAAUGGCAGAGUAGACGGUUUUGGCCUGCUGACCUUCCCCGAUGGUUCCCACGGGCUACCUCGCAACGAAGGCCUGUUUGAGAACAACAAGCUGCUGCGGCGGGAGAAGUGCCCCUCCGUCGUCCAGCGGGCCCAGAGCGCCUCCAAGUCGGCCAGGAAUCUCACCGCCUGAGCGGCCCUGGCCCGCCCACCGUGCUGGGGAGGCCCAGGCCCUGGUCACACCAAGUGAUCCGCGACGGGAUGCGAAUGGCCGGGGAGCAGGAGCGUGCGACCUGCCCCACACCUGCCCGUCCGCAGUCUGAUCGCAGGGCCACGCUGAGGGCUCUGGCCUGCAGACCCGAGCGCGGGAGCAGCUCUGCCC